ACCUGCAGCAACAAACGACCCGCUCCGGAACAAUUCCGGUGUUUUGAGUCCGGACCCGCCCACCUUCGGUGACAUAUCCUCCGCUGUACAUGUGUACGGAGUUUACAGGGAGAUUUGCAUAAAUUCCGUGUUCCUGGAUUGUUAUUUACAUAUCUGACAAUGUUCCGGCGCACGUCAACCGGAUUUUAAUUGCGGAUAAGUUUCCCGGAGCGCUCCAGAGACGUUCGCUCCGGAACACGAUAAACUCGCUGAAACUUGAGUGAUUAAUCUCGUCGAUUGAUGGUGUACUGUGCUUGUUUUUCUUUGAGUUUUCUUAAAACAGAGUUCGGUCUGUGCUUGGAUGAGUGCUUGGGGGAUGCUUGAGUGUCGAUAACACAUCAACAUGGUUGCGGUUUUGCAAAAAUUCUUGAUCAUCCUUGUUGUCGGGAUUUUGCCGAGGGUGACAACACAAGGGAAAUUCAUCAAUCACUUCGGCGGCCAAGUGGGAGAUUACCAGACGAACCGUGGCACAGUGACGCACGUCCAGGCGAUCGUCAAAGGAAACGCACAAUUGCCUUGCGACCUUCUUCCUCCGGCGCUCAACGACAGCGUCGUUCUUGUCGUAUGGUACAAAGACGAGCACACGCCAAUCUACAGUUACGACACGAGGGGACCCUACAAAACCACGCCGAAGCACUGGCAGGAUAGCAAUUUGGGCCAGCGAGCCUUUUUCAGGACAAUGACAGAUCCUGCCACGCUCAACAUAGACAACAUCGGCGAAAAGGACGAAGGGGAGUAUCGAUGCCGCAUCGAUUAUUUACGAUCACCGACGAAGAACUUGAGAGUAAAGCUGGCAGUUAUAGUUCCCCCACAAAAGCCGACGAUAAUCGACGAACGAGGCAAAGAGGUUCCAUCUUUAGCAGGUCCCUACGAAGAAGGAGGAGACAUGAAAUUAACUUGUAUUGUUAGCGGGGGCAAGCCGGAGCCCACGAUAAAAUGGUGGCGUGGUGAGAAGCUUAUAGAAUCGACGGAGACUCGCAGUGGAUUUCAGAAUGUGCGCUCCAACCAACUCGUCAUCAAAGGCUUGCGGAGGGCCGAUCAGCACGCCGCUUUUACAUGCCAAGCCUCCAACAACAACAUCAGUCAACCGGUGUCCGCAACAACGUCAAUCGAGAUAUAUUUUCGACCACUUCAUGUGGAGAUAAUGAUUAGUAACAACCCACUUUCAGCGGACCGAGUAUAUGAAAUACCAUGCCAAACGUUCGGAUCAAGACCACCGGCUAAAAUUACCUGGUCCAUGGAUAACAAAGAGCUACUUCCACCAAAAUAUAAUUACUCCCAAACGGAUUCGCCGGACGGUAAUGUGACAACAUCCACCUUGUCCUUCGUUGCUACAAGGCAAGAUAACGGUCGCACUCUUACGUGUAGAGCAUCCAAUCACCUGGUACAGAAUGGAGUAGAAGAAGCUACCGUGAAAUUAAACGUUUUCUAUGUGCCGAUCCUGCACCUGUCUUUGGGUUCCAGCCUGAAUCCGGACGACAUCGAAGAAGGAGAUGAUGUUUACUUUGAAUGCAAAGUGAAUGCGAACCCUGAGGCAUAUAAAGUACUCUGGAAGCACAACGAUCAAGUAAUACAACACAAUCAAAAGGGCGGCGUUAUAAUGAGUAGAGGAGACCUAGCUUUGCAGGGAGUUACAAGAAGUCAGGCAGGAAAUUAUUCAUGUGUGGCUUCAAACGUUGAAGGGGAUGGAGACAGCAACAAAGUCGAAUUGAAAAUCAUGUACAAACCCGUAUGCCGAACGGAACAAAAGCGUAUAUACGGCGUAGCGAGGCACGAGAAUGCCAAAAUCCUCUGCGAGGUGGAGUCUUACCCACCUCCAGACAGCUUCAAGUGGUCUUUCAACAACUCAGCAGAAAACGUCGAUGUUCCUCAGAUGCGAUAUCACUCCGGGAUGCACCACUUCACCUCGACGCUGACCUACACCCCCAUGAAUGAACUAGACUACGGAACGGUCAUGUGUUGGGCCAACAAUUUGGCGGGACGUCAAGUGGAACCGUGCAUUUUUCACGUCAUCGCCGCCGGCAAGCCGGACCCGCCCUUCAAUUGCACCAUCAUGAACCAGACGAGCGAAUCCCUGGAUGUGGAGUGCACAGAGGGUUUCGACGGAGGCCAACCGCAGUUUUUUCUGCUUGAAGUUUACGACCAACAGACGGACGCCCUUCAGGCGAAUGUGUCGGCUAAGUUUCCUUUGUUUACUGUGAGCGGACUCGAUCCGGGAAAGAUACUCAAAAUGGUGGUGUACGCCGCCAACUCGAAAGGGAGAAGCGAAACUGUUUUAUUAGAGGGGUUGAUGUUGAAAGUCGCCGAAAAACAAACAGUAUUAUCAUUGGGAACACGAGAUCAACUAGAAAUAGCACCGAUCCUUGGAAUAUUAGUUGGCAUCGUGACCGCACUCUUGCUGGUGACGGUUGUAAUUCUGGGGGCUCUCAAAGUGCGAGCAGCGCAUCGAGAAGGUUCCCGUGCUCUUAGACCCGGAUUCCUACCCGUCAAGGAGAAAGUCACACUGCCGUUACGGUCCGAAUCCGAGGAUUUGUUUGAGAAAGACGAUAAAAAUCCAGAUGUUAUUCCGGCUAAUAAAGACUCCGAUUAUCAGCUGGGGUCAGCCGCUCAAACUCCUGGUUUGAAUAAUUCAGUGACAGCUACCACGGAGUACGAAACAUCAUCCCCUCAACAGAAUCUCACACCCCUGGCAGAAGCUUAUAUGGCUAGAGAUCGAGCUUACGCUUCCCAACAUGUCGGUAACGAAGUGACUUAUGCAGAACUGUCUCUGGCACGUCCCAAUUCCCUGGAGACAAUGAAGAACGGUGGCAGUCAAUAUGGCACUCUCCGCAACAGAGAUGACUCGACAAUAUACGCACAGAUAGACCAUGGCAGGAGGAUGCCUCCCCCUAUUCCUGGCAAACCCUCGGUAACUUCGCCGAUGGUCUCUCCAGUGUCUUCGAUGUUCCCCGCUAAACCCAACCUCUACCACAGGGAAGCAGUCACAGUUCGGACUCCUUUGAUGGGAUGCCAGCAGGAAAGUUGCGUCUAAAACGAGAGACUGAAAAUCCUUUAGUUUUCUUUUUUUUUUGUAAAUAGUGCGACGUGAAUAUCGUAUAGUUUUUCGUCAUGAUGAAAGGAAUCGAUGAAUAUGACAUAUCUGGUCUACGCCAUCAUAUCGGAUCUACAAUACAUACGUGUCUUUCUAAUCACAUCAUGUUUGUGUGUAUAUCAAUUGUAUAACGUAAUUUAUCGAACGUAGCUCGUAAGAGAGAAGGGCUCAACUCUUAUGAAAGUUCCGCUGAAAAUAACGACAAACACGGGCAACGAUACGUAUUUGUUUUGGACUUUUUGCAAUCGGCCAUAUCACAAUCUCAGCCCUUGUAACGUUUUUUUUUUCUAGUCAUAAAAAUUACCAAAACUUUUUAAAAGAAUAGUGUGAAUGUUAAUAUAAAUUUUGUACAGAGACUUCUUUUUAUAGACUGAUUACGAAACAAAGGCAAUGAAUACUGAGAGUGGCAUGUGAGUGACGAGUCUGUAGGCACACAUCUGUAUCAUAUUGUAUAUACACAAUUUUAAAUAUUGUUAUCUUAAUGAAUGUGAUAUCAUACGCUUCGGUAUCGGAGCUAGUGUGGUAUAAAAAAUUAUAUACGAUUCGUUUAAUGUUUCAAAUUUACUAUGUCUCUAUAAGAGGAUCUGUAACUUAUGUAAACAUGGUAAGAAUAUCAAAAUAAAGUGUUUAUUGCUACGUA